UCUCAACUAGCCUUAUGAUAACAAUAUAAAGAUGAACACUGCAACCAUCUACAACAGCGGGUUUGAUUUACGAUCCGAUUGAAAUUCAGACUGGAAAGUUCUUUUCCUUGACAGCAAUUAUACAUUUUGCAUAAAAUACAAACAAUCUUACAAGGGUAGUAAUCUUCCAAGUACAAUAAGUAAGGAAGCUGCUGAGUUCCAGUGGGACCGUAGCUCCACGUAGCAGAACGCCCACGGUCUCUCCAACACAAAGCCAAGUAUUUAUUUUCAGACCUCUCUGCCAGAACGCCGAACGUACAUAUCGAUAUCACACUUGACCAUUCGGUGAUCGGCCGAGCAGUGCAUUUAUGCUGACAAAUGAAUUUCAUUUCGCUACGCACUUGCUAGAAGAAACUGAACAUUCGUUCCUCCAGCGCAGUCGCUUGAACCAUUUGCACUGAGUCACGUCGUGAAAUAUCAUUGUUUGAAGUUGUGCUACACAUUUCUUAAACAUUAUGUCGGAUCAAGGCUCGGAUUUAUCAGCGCUUUAUUUUCCCAAGGAGCUAUCAAUAGCAGAUUCAAACUGUGCAGUUUGCAUGGACGAUGCACGCCGGCCGGUAUUUUGCACCACCUGCAUGAAAAUGCUAUGCUUCGACUGCAUGGCCAAGUGUCAGCGAGAGAACGGAUGUGGCUUUUGUCGGCAAAAAGUACCGAUUGAAGUAUACAAUGGUCAACGCGACAAUUUCUGCUGCAUCAAGCAUUCAUUGUUGCUCACCAUGAUCUGUACUGAUUGCAAUGUUUGCAUCUGCAAAUUAUGCAUUGGUAAAGAGUCCGAGCAUGCUCAACAUGCCUUCAAGAACAUAGAUGAUAUUCGAUCUGAUCUUAGUAAGCUAAUUGGUAAGCUAAAAGACUAUUCAAAAAUGGUGGACGACGUUCAAUCGAUUUUGGACGUGGGCUGCAACAUUGGAAUUGGAACACUGCAGAAUAUCCAUAGCUUCGGAAUAAAUCAAUCAUUAGUGAAAAAUGUUCGUCAGUUUUUGACAAACAUUGAAGCUUUGAAAUUGAACGAGUUGAUACAAAACAAGGAAGACCUAAAGAAAGAAAUAGAAAAACUGAUGAACGAAAUUGGCAAGAGCACGGAUCAGGAGCCACAAGACUACUACGACUUCAACGGCGUUACGUCGAAUUUAGAUAUUGCAUCCAGUUCAUCGUAUAGCAUGUAUGUCACAAAAUAUAACGACAAACACGGAAAUGUAUGGGAAAUCGAAAUAUUUCCCAAACACAAGCAUUUUAAUAAACCAGUGUCAUACGUUGCCAUCAGAUUGGCAUUACUACAGGGAACGCCAGGAAGAUAUGAAAUCAAAGUUGAAUGCGAUCAACCAAGCAUCAAGUUUCAAAAAGUUAUCGAAAUUAGACUGGCAUCCAGGUCUAAUAUUUACCAAGUUUGGCCAAAUUUGGAAAAUCCUCGAGAGAUGGUUUUGAACGUGGAACUCAGACCAACGAACAACAGAUAUCACAUCCAAUGUGCACGAUUAUACAGGGAGAUCGUGGACGAACCGAGCAAGAAAAAGUACGUUGAACACAUUUUUGCUUUAAAGAGUAAAGACGGAGAUUUUUCUAAAAUCAAAGGUAAAAGUUUCAUAACAGACGGUACCGGCACAAUAUGGUGCUUAACAACGCACGCCAAUCACAACAAAGGGACUAAAACCAUCUCUGCUGAAAUAGAACAUUUCGAUGGUGCUGUCGGACGGUUUGAUUUUUAUAUUAAAAUCGAAAAUCACAACCGCUGUGCAAAUGCUCGAGAUGUAAAAUGCACAAGGAACUUCACAUUUGGAUCGAUUAUUCACGUCAAAAACAUCUUGUCAUUCCCAGCAGAUCAAUUGAAUAAUAUAGGUUGGCCCGUGUUGAAGUUUGGCAUACGACCUUCGCUGCAGUCGUCAAAGGUAGGUAUCAUGGCGAGGAUUUUCUCUAAAUAAAUUUAACGAAAAGUGCUUCAUGUUGAUGAAAAUCAAGUACAUUUUCAAUGGAAAUUAUGUUACAAACAGAUACUUACUUACUUUGCUAUGCAGCCAAUAAGUUGCCCCAGAAGAUUCGUUUUCUGUAAUAAAUAUGAUAAUCCUACAAUUAA